AUGGAGAAAUCUCCGUAUGCAAGGGACAAGGCCAAAAACCAGUAUUUGCUGGGCAUGAACUUUGGGCUCUCAGCUUUACCCACAGCUAAACUAACUGUAGAGACCAGAUGGAGCCCUGUGUUCACUGGAGAGUCAGUGACUCUGAAGUGUGAGAUACAGUCUCACAGUAACUGGAGAUAUCAGUGGUAUAAAGGCAGCAGUGGAACUGCAGUCAGUCAGUCUCAGACAAACACCUUCACCAUCAGAUCAGCAGCAGAUCAGGAUCAGGGUCAGUACUGGUGUAGAGGAGAGAGAGAUAACAGACCCUCAUCAUCACAACCCAGCAACACUGUUACUCUCAGAGUGAAAGAGAGACCAAGAGCUGUGGUGUCCAUACAGCCUGGUGAUCAGGUGUUUAUAGGAGAGACUGUCACUCUCAGAUGUGACAUACAGGGAGGAGGAGUCUCUAACUGGCAGUACAGCUGGUUUAAAGAUGGUUCAUCCACUCCUGUCAGUAAUAAACAGCAGUACAGUAUCAGCCCUGUUACAGAGUCUCACAGAGGAAAAUACACCUGUAGUGGAACAGAGAGAGGAACAUCACGCUACUCACACACCAGUAAAGCUGUUACACUGACUGUAUCAGAAAAACCUAAACCUGAACUCACAUCAAGCCAUAAAGGAGCUGCACUGAUAGGAAAUCCAGUGGUUCUGUACUGUAAGCUGGAUCAUUCUGCUGGAUGGAGGUUUUACUGGUCCAAACACACACAGAGCCUUGAGAAUGAGACCAAGACUGAAACACACUCCUACACCAUCAGCUCAGUCAGCGUCUCUGAUGGAGGACAGUACUGGUGCAGAGCUGGGAGAGGAACCCCAGUCUACUACACCCACUACAGUGAUGCUCUCUGGAUAAACGUCACUGGUGAGUAG